AUGUGCUGUCUGCUAUUAAACGUUCAGUGGCCCCACAGGCUGCCGACCCUCCCUCUGCACUCGCUCAGCCCCUCACUCUCCACUCCAUCAGCCCCUCACUCUCCACUCCCUCGGCCCCUCACUCUCCACUCCCUCAGCCCCUCACUCUCCACUCCCUCAGCCCCUCACUCCACUCCCUCAGCCCCUCCCUCUCCACUCCCUCAGCCCCUCCCUCUCCACUCCCCAGCCCUCACUCUCCACUCCCUCAGCCCCUCCCUCUCCACUCCCUCAGCCCCUCCCUCUCCACUCCCCCAGGCCCUCACUCUCCACUCCCUCAGCCCCUUCCUUUCCACUCCCUCAGCCCCUCCCUCUCCACUCCCUCAGCCCCUCACUCUCCACUCCCUCAGCCCCUCACUCUCCACUCCCUCAGCCCCUCACUCUCCACUCCCUCAGCCCCUCACUCUCCACUCCCUCAGCCCCUCACUCUCCGCUCCCUCGGCCCCUCCCUCUCCACUCCCCCAGGCCCUCACGCUCGACUCCCUCAGCCCCUCCUUUCCACUCCCUCAGCCCCUCCCUCUGCACUCCCUCAACCCCUCCCUCUCCACUCAUCAGCCCCUCACUCUCCACUCCAUCAGCCCCUCACUCUCCGCUCCCUCAGCCCCUCCCUCUCCACUACCCCAGGCACUCACUCUCCACUCCCUCAGCCCCUCCCUCUCCACUCCCCCAGGCCCUCACUCUCCACUCCCUCAGCCCCUUCCUUUCCACUCCCUCAGCCCCUCCCUCUCCACUCCCCCAGGCCCUCACUCUCCACUCCCUCAGCCCCUCACUCUCCACUCCCUCAGCCCCUCACUCUCCACUCCCUCAGCCCCUCACUCUCCACUCCCUCAGCCCCUCACUCUCCGCUCCCUCGGCCCCUCCCUCUCCACUCCCCAGCCCUCACGCUCGACUCCCUCAGCCCCUUCCUUUCCACUCCCUCAGCCCCUCCCUCUGCACUCCCUCAACCCCUCCCUCUCCACUCAUCAGUCCCUCACUCUCCACUCCAUCAGCCCUCACUCUCCGCUCCCUCAGCCCCUCCCUCUCCACUACCCCAGGCACUCACUCUCCACUCCAUCAGCCCCUCACUCUCAACUCCCUCAGCCCCUCCCUCUCCACUCCCUCAGCCCCUCACUCUCCACUCCCUCAGCCCCUCACUCUCCACUCCCUCAGCCCCUCCCUCUCCACUCCCUCAGCCCCUCACUCUCCACUCCCUCAGCCCCUCCCUCUCCACUCCCUCAGCCCCUCACUCUCCACUCCCUCAGCCCCUCCUUCUCCACUCCCUCAGCCCCUCACUCUCCUCUUCUUUCGUUAGUGUAG